CAGCCACCCCUCCCCCUCUUCCUCCUGCUGAGUUUCGUGAGAAAACGAUCCAUUUAAAAACCGUCUGCCUAAAACCGAACGUCGACCAAGUCUACGGUUCUGGAGAUGUGAUGGAUUCUAACGGGUUGUUCGCGGAAAAGCAGGUUUAAAUGCAUAAUCAAGGGAGACAAGAGACGGGAUAAACAAGGGGUAGCGUUAGCAGGCGGGCGAGAGCAAUUGCAGAAGACAAAGGUAACUGUGCUACGAACUAUGUGAUGAAUUAACAGUCGAGAAGAACAGUUGGGAGUGUGCAGGAGGCAGAGUUUGAAAAAAGCUCCAGAGAUUGUCUUUUGAAAUAUGAACAGAGCGACAUGCUUUUUUUGUCUCCAUCUCUUGAGCUCUCGGUGGUCGGGAAGCAUAACAACCCUAACAUGACGAUGCCCUGAAAUGGUAAUGACAGUCAGUCAUUAUGAGAAGCUAAACUGUAACCGUUAGAGACAUAUCUGCUCUUCAUGGAUAUACAGGGAGAAAGGAGAGAUUCGGUUAAAAACACAUUAUCAGGAAAAAUGAUGGUUUGAGAGGCUAUAGCUUAGAUGUUUGAAGGGACAUGUAUUCGAUUCUUUGCGUUCAAGUCGAAAAUCGAACUCAAGCCACGAACGCUGGCACUCUGAAAUCUAUAACGAAACGCACAAGCCACUGAAGAGAUUGAGUGGCUUUUCCCACAUUUUUUUCUUGCUAAGUGUGUAUACUUGAAGACUAUAGGCUAGAUGUUGAUGAAAGAGACUGACAUAGAUCUACUUAUGAUAUAGUUUCAACGAAAGCACAUAGCGGUCUAUAGGCUACUUUCAGCACCUCGGACAGCGACCAAAAUGACACGGCUGCGCAAGAAAGCUUUCAUUGCACUUUUCUUAUUCACUCUCUUCAUUUUCGGGACCAUGAUGGGCCUCAGAACACUGAAACCCAGCGAUGGCUUCUCAGACCUUGCCCCGGGGAUGGGAGAGUUUGUGAGGGAAAGAGGAGGCGACCAUCGACGGCCAGUCUCAAACGACAUGGUAGUUUCCCCUGGUCAGUCCCAUCUAGCCAGCGACACCAAGGUCGUCUUCACAAAAUCCGACCGUGACUACAGUAUAUUCUACGACGUACAAAUAUUCUAUUACCUGUGGUAUGGCACCCCACAGAUGGACGGUAAAUAUAUUCACUGGGACCAUGUUCUAGUGCCGCACUGGGACCCUAAGAUCGCCCCCAGCCACGCCAAAGGAAGACAUACUCCUCCAGAGGACAUUGCGUCGAGUUUCUUCCCGGAGCUAGGACCAUACAGUUCUAGAGACCCCUCCGUGCUGGAGUCACAUAUGUCGCAAAUUGAAGCGGCUGCAGCAGGUGUACUGGUUCUGUCCUGGUAUCCACCUGGCAUUGCAGACAACCAUGGUGAGCCAUGUGAAGACCUGGUGCCUGCUGUCAUGGACGCUGCCCACAGACACAGCAUCAAGGUGGCGUUCCACAUCCAGCCGUACAAGGGUCGGACCGACCUCAGCAUGCAUGAUAACAUCAAAUACAUAAUUGACAAUUACGGGAACCACGGCGCCUUCUACCGCUUCAGGUCGACUACAGGGCGGAUCCUUCCUCUGUUCUAUGUCUACGACUCCUACCUGACCUCGCCUGAAGCCUGGGCCGACCUGCUCCACCCCGCCGGCGCCCACACCCUCCGUGGCACACCCUACGAUGGUGUCUUCCUCGCCCUGGUCGUAGAGGAACGCCACAAACACGAAAUCCUGGCCGGUGGCUUCGACGGCAUGUAUACGUACUUCGCCUCCAACGGCUUCUCCUUCGGCUCCUCUCACCAGAACUGGAAGGCAGUUAAGGCCUUCUGUGAUGGUAACAACCUGCUGUUUGUGCCCAGCGCCGGGCCAGGAUACGUCGACACUGCAGUGAGGCCAUGGAACAACCACAAUACGAGGAACAGGGUCAACGGACGCUAUUACGAGACUAGCCUGCAGGCGGCGUUGUCUGUGCGGCCGGAGAUUGUGACCAUCACGUCAUUCAACGAGUGGCACGAGGGGACACAGAUUGAGAAGGCGGUGCCUAGGAAGACGGUGUCGCGGCUGUAUCUCGACUACCAGCCCCACCGGUCAGAUCUGUACCUGGAACUCACCAGGAAGUGGGCCGAACACUUCAACAAGGAGAAAGACAAGUGGCUCAUGUAGUGGACAAGACUCCUGACUGGACUGGGUUCGAUGGGAAUAAUGCCUUUUGGGUGUGACUGGAGCAAGUAAAAAUGAGGUUUUCACACUACUGAGCUGAGCCAGACCGAACCAAACCAAGCUGCAUUGAACGGGCCUGGUUAGUGGUUACACGUCCUCUAUAGUUGCUGGAACCAUGUUGAAAAGAAAAAUGUGGAAAGAAAAAUAGCACAGCCAGCACAGUUUGAUUUGGGUCAGCAUGAUAGUUUGAAAAGGGUAGGAGUGGCCUCACUGCUGGGUAUUCUGGGUCGAUAGGAACUCCUCUAUGGAUUUAUUUAGACAGUGAAGCUAAAACUUGCAAAUUUGGCCAUAUUCUCCAGCAUUUUGGAUUUGAGAUAAAAUAUUUCAUAUUAGGCGAUAAUACAGAAUGUCACCUUUUAGUUGAGGGUAUUUUCAUACAUGUUUUACUGUUUAGAAAUGAAAUACCUUAAUGUAUCUAGUCAACCCGUUUGAAUACCUUAUUUUUUAUUUGGACAAAUUCACUUAUAGCGUAUUAAAGUAGUCAAAAGUGUAGCAUUUGGUCCCAUAUUCCUAGCACACAAUGACUACAUCAAGCUUAUGACUCUACAAACUUGUUGGAUGUAUUUGCAGUUUGCGUUGGUUGUUUAUCGGAUGAUGUUUUUCCCAAUAGGAACUAAAUGGUCAUUAUAAAAUGGGUGGUUUGAGCCCUGAAUGCUGAUUGGUAGACAGCUGUGGUUUAUCAGAUUGUAUACCACGUGUAUGACAAAACAUUUAUUUUUACUGCUCUAAUUAAGUUGGUAACCAGUUUAUAAUAGCAAUAAAGUAUCUUGGGGUUUGUGGUAUAUGGCCAAUAUACCACGGCUGAGGGUUGUAUCCAGACACUCUGUGUUGCGUCGUUCAUAAGAACAGCCCUUAGCUGUGGUAUAUUGACCAUAUACCACACCCCCUCGUGCCUUAUUGCUUAAAUAAUGUACUGGAGUCACUUUUAUUGCUUCAUUGUCCAAAUAAAUACAAAGGGGAGUGUAUGCCUUUGACUGGAACAAAUGGGUCUGAGACUGCUCACACCAUUGACAUAAGCCAGGUGGAAUUGUUGCAAUCAGAGGGCAAGAUGGUGGUUCCACUAUAUUGCUUACACCCAUACAAUCCUAUUACACUUAUCCAAUCCUCUCAGAUCUUCCAAAGAGAGGGCUAAUGGUUGAUUUGGGAUUCAGGGUUACACUCAUGAUUUAACCUCUCUGUGUUCAUCAACUCUUCUGUUCUCUCAAAUGAACAUUCCAGAGGACUUUUCAUCACGAUACCUGGUUUCUUUUUGAACAACAAAGUUUAAUCGGUUGGUUACCUCGACUUAUGUAGGUGGCAAGAAACUGUCUGUUUUGAGUGACUUAAGUCUAUUCCUUUCAAAUGUGUUAUGUGAUGAUGAUUGCCACAGUAAUGAUAGAGCCAUUGGGAUCAUGUAGUGUGGGUGAAUUCUGUUGUGAUGAUAGAGCCAUUGGGGUUGUGUAAUGUGGGUGAAUUCUGUUGUGAUGAUAGAGCCAUUGGGGUUGUGUAAUGUGGGUGAAUUCUGUUGUGAUGAUAGCGCCAUUGGGGUUGUGUAGUGUGGGUGAAUUAUGUUGUGAUGAUAGAGCCAUUGGGGUUGUGUAGUGUGGGUGAAUUCUGUUGUGAUGAUAGAGCCAUUGGGGUUGUGUAGUGUGGGUGAAUUCUGUUGUGAUGUUAGAGCCAUUGGGGUUGUGUAAGUGUGGGUGAAUUCUGUUGUGAUGAUAGAGCCAUUGGGGUUGUGUAGUGUGGGUGAGCUUUGAGACUUUCUGACUUAUUCUUUCCUGUAUUACUUUGAAAUGGUGAAAAAUAAAUGUAUUGUCUGUUUCCUAUCUGAGAAUACUGUGUUUGAAAUAGGGUGGGUUCGACUAAGCCAAAUCAGCAACGGUCAGAUCCACCAUUUGGGAAGGAGCCUGUUCUGUAUUACACUCUUCUAUCAUUGUCAAGCCAAACUGUAAUAGCUACUUCAUCAAUUAGAAACCAUGGGGUCAUAUUAAUGUCUGGAAUGGAUAUUAUUAUGAGCCAUCCUACCCUCAGCAGCCUGCCUCCACUGUUCGCUACACUGGCUGUCCUGCUCCACACACACAGUACCCAAGCACAUCACCCGUUAACACCAACUACCCAACCAGGCUUUGGCGUUGUGCGGUUAUAUAAAUGUCAGGCUUCACAGCCCCGUGCGAUGGCAGGCCCCAACGCUCCUCAUCAUUACUGAUCUCUCUAGGGCCAGGUGACAGAUCAGAUGAUGUGUUCGUACCAUUAUAGCUCAUUGGUUCAGAUGAUGUGUUCAUACCAUUAUAGCUCAAUGGGUCAGAUGAUGUGUUCAUACCAUUAUAGCUCAAUGGGUCAGAUGAUGUGUUCAUACCAUUAUAGCUCAAUGGUUCAGAUGAUGUGUUCAUACCAUUAUAGCUCAAUGGUUCAGAUGAUGUGUUCAUACCAUUAUAGCUCAAUGGGUCAGAUGAUGUGUUCAUACCAUUAUAGCUCAAUGGGUCAGAUGAUGUGUUCAUACCAUUAUAGCUCAAUGGUUCAGAUGAUGUGUUCAUACCAUUAUAGCUCAAUGGGUCAGAUGAUGUGUUCAUACCAUUAUAGCUCAAUGGUUCAGAUGAUGUGUUCAUACCAUUAUAGCUCAAUGGUUCGUACCUCAGAAUGUCACCCGUCGAAGGGCAGUGAACUGUGAGAGACAGAGAAUACAGAGAUAGAACGAUGAAAAUAGAAUUUGACUGACAAGACAGUGGGAGGGCAUGAAUAAAGAAAUCAUUGACUUUCUUUGAGUCCAGUAUCAUCUGUGCCUGAACUCCAAACUGAUAUUCUUCAUUCCACAAUGAUGAAAUGGACCAUAUCAGUUUGGAUUCUAGGUUAGCUUCAUCCAUAGAGAGCUUGUUCAUCCUUGAUCAAACUGCAUGCGUCCACUAGGCUAGCUAAGCAGAAGCAUGAGAGGAAAAAGCGCCUACUGAAAAAUUGUAACAGCUUUAGAAUAUUGAGGCCAUUUGAAAACAUUGUUCAACCUAAUGGCCAGUGACAGAAAGUCACAACAGAAAAAAGAACAGCACAACAGAGAGAGAAAGGAAACGCAUCUAAAGGCAGCAGGGUUGUCCAGGGCAACAUCGUCAAGGGAAUUCUGCCACUCAAGAGUUCCAAACCAAAGCACUUAAAAACAGGAAGCCAAUUAAGCUAGUUCAAUAAUGCAGAACAAGAUUCAAAGAGGCAAAAUCAAAGGGAUUUUUUGUUCUGAAAAGAAAUCAUAUAAACUCUUCAGAGCUCCACAGGGAGCCCAAUGCAGUCACCUCAGC